AUGAGCAUGAUCGCCAUGGAUGCCUUCUUGCGGCAGUUGGGCAACGGCCUGAACUCGAAAGGGAAGAGUAACUUGCUUCAACUUUCUAGCCCGCUAGGCAUCAUGGCUAGGCACCUGGAGGCCAGCAGUCAGAGGAAUGCUUUCAAUUUGGUGGGUAGCACUGCCAUUGUUGCCUUAGUUGACAAAGCAGGUGGAAGACGGACAGUCACAGUUGCCAACUGUGGCGACUCUCGAGCCGUGCUCUGCCGAAAUGGCAAUGCAGUGGAGCUCUCCGAGGACCACAAGCCUGAGCUGAACAGCGAGGAGAGGCGCAUCAGGCAAGCAGGCGGCUCCGUGAAAUUGAUUGGACCCUGUCAUCGCAUCGAUGGGUGGGGUCUCAAUCUAUCUCGGGCCCUUGGCGACUUUCAUUACAAGGCCCGGCCGGAUCUGAGCGCGGAACAACAAAAGGUCAUCGCUGUGCCGGAGAUCCGAACCGUGGAGCUGCACAGCGACGACGAGUUUUUAGUUCUGGCUUGCGAUGGUUGCUUCGAGCUGCAUACCUCCCAGAAAGUGGUCGACAUCAUCCGAGUAGCGCUGAAGGCAGGCCAAAGUGUCAAGCAGGCAGCUGAAGAGCUUGUGGACCAAAGCUGUAGUCCAAACUUGGUCAAGACCAGAGGCAAAGAUGAGGGUCUAGUGGAUGCUAGCGGGCACGGUGACAUCGUCAUCAGCGACGUUGCGAAGCUCCCAGAUACCUCGGAGGAUCUGCAGCGGCAAGAUGAGAAGCUAGAACAGUACACGGGAGCCGAAAUCCAUGCCGAGCCAGAUGAAUCUGCAGCAAGCACGGCAAGCGCGGCCAUGCUGCCAAAGCUUUGGCCGGCCGAGCCUUCUUGCCCGGAGCUAUCCGAGCCGCUAUGUUUGGCUAGCAUUUGGCUACUGGGUGGAUUUGUCAGUUCCUUUGAUUUGUGCAACUUCUCCUUUGCCCCGUUGUUUGGACUUGAAAUUGCCGAGUUAGCCACUGCAGAUCUCAGCUGUAGUUCCAAAACGCAUGAGGAUUGGCCAUCGGUGCAUCGGCGACUGUUGAGGCUUCUGGAGGGGCAGGGUGGCACGCAGACGCUGGCUGAUGAGCUGGACAGAACGGCGGCAUCCUUCACCCAAAGGUUAAGCCAUAUCACAGAUGGCCUUGUUGGAGAUUGCAUUCCCGGUCAAGUUUCCUUGGACUUGCUCCUGCUACUCAGCCAGCCUGGUUUGACAGAUGGCUACGACGUGUGGAGAGAAGGUGGUCUCCUGGACGUCAAUUGGGCUCUCUUGAGCAACUGGGGCUGGCCAGCGGUCGCUCGGAGUGGCUGGCCAAUUUUCCGUUUGCUUCGGCUUCUACAAAAACCGGCACAGGUGCAUGAAGCUGCAUCAGCUCUUUCCGGCUGCAAUGAGGAGGACGCGUUUUCUGUUGCCCUGAUGAAUCAUGUACGACACCGACACAUGCACGAGGCUUUGCUGGCCGCCAGUGCUGAUUUCAUCCUGCACGGGCCUCGCAGGUGUCCACUGUCCGUUGCAGCGGCAUAUCUCUCAAGCGCUUGGGCUCGAUUUCCCGUGUUUGAUGAGGAGACUGAGGAUCUCUUGAGCUUGGCUGAAACGCACGUGCGUACUCUCAGCUUGGCUCGAAUUCUGACAACGCAGCACCCUCUUCUUGAUAUGCUGGACGACGUUGCGAGUUCGUAUCAGGCUUUCAUGAUCGAUUCUGGAGCUCUGUACGUCGACCUGAGAGACGACGAAGCUCUAAAGGUGAAUGAGUCGCGGGUUGAUUACACGCGCCACAUGAUGGCAGCGGAAUCCUUCACUCUCCAGGCGGAAACCUCAGCAUGUGCUACGAGCGCUUUGACUCCGUUGGGUCGUUGCAACAUCUUUGCACCCCUUGGAAAUCUCCUUCUGCCGUGGGAGAAGGGCAUCUCCCAAGAGGAUACUGUCCGGGCACUCCGUUCCACCUACCAGGAGGGCGUUCCACGGGCACUGGUCUUUCGAUUGGUUGAGAGCCCUGCGGGAACAGAACUUCGACUCCUGGCAACUCCAGAGGCGUCAGCGUCUGAGCAGCUGGCAGAAUGCCUUGCUGCCAAAAUCACUGGUGCGGUGGCAGGGAUGCUUUCGGAUGGUAUGCCCAGGCUAGAAAUCGUGAUCAGCUUGCACGCGGAAGCUAUCUUCCAAAGGAGAACACCGAGGCGGUGGAGUCCUUCCUACGGACGUCGCGAGGACGUGCCACCGCCUGUGUUCAGUUUCUGCAGUCAGGGGGAGGCCUUCUGGGACAUCCCGUUGCCACCCUACCUCUGUUACGAUUUCCAGCCACGUUGCAAGAGCGCUAAGGUUGUGCAGAUCCAGCUUGAGGAGGAGGAACAACGAUGCUACAUCUCCAGAUUGCUGGAAGGUUACGCGGACCUGCUGCGCUACAGGCCCCCAGGCCAUGCGAUGGAGGAACAGGUGUUGAAUAUUGACGACCUCGUUGUAGCAGAUGGAGCAUUGGUUCGGAAGUCCUGGCCUGUGAAAUCUAGCAUGUCCCAGCAGGCAUCUCAGUGUGACGUGCUUAUUGCGGGCGCUGCUGCAUGA